UCCAGGCCGGAGACCUCUCUACACACACACUCGUCCCCCUCCUCCACCUUCUUCUUCUUCUUCUUCUUCUUCUUCUUCUUCUUCUUCUUCUUCUACCUCCCACCCUCCUACCCUCCACAUCCUCGUCUUCUGUUGGCUCUUCGCGCGCGCCCAAGCUCAGUCUUGACCUCUCCGUCCCACCGACGCCGGCCACCCACCGCCGGAACGACCCGUCGUCCGUUGGCUAGCGAGCAUGCAGAGCAUGGAUUUGGUGUCGCCGUCCGAGCACCUCUGCUACGUGCGCUGCACGUACUGCAACACCGUGCUCGCGCUGCAGGUUGGGGUUCCAUGCAAGAGGCUGAUGGACACGGUGACUGUGAAAUGCGGCCACUGCAACAACCUCUCCUUUCUCAGCCCACGGCCGCCGCCCAUGGUGCAGCCCCUCUCCCCAAAUGACCACCACCACCCCAUGGGGCCGUUCCAGGGAUGCACUGACUGCAGGAGGAACCAGCCGCUGCCACCGCUGGCCUCGCCGACAUCAAGUGAUGCCAGCCCCAGAGCUCCCUUUGUUGUGAAGCCCCCAGAGAAGAAACAUCGCCUACCAUCUGCCUACAAUCGCUUCAUGAGGGAGGAAAUACAACGUAUCAAAGCUGCAAAGCCAGACAUCCCUCACAGAGAAGCCUUCAGCAUGGCUGCUAAGAACUGGGCGAAGUGCGACCCUCGCUGCUCAUCGACUGUCUCUGCUUCCAACAGCGCCCCAGAGCCCAGAAUAGUAGUGCCCGGUCCUCAGGAGAGGGCCACCGAGCAAGUCGUUGAGAGCUUCGACAUCUUCAAGCAGAUGGAGCGCAGCGCCUAAGGCAUCACAAGCAUGCUGGGAUUAAUUAGUACUGCUACCGCAUGCAUCGGUUACUUAUCAGCUAGCUCAUCAUCAUCAUCCGUCGCUAUGCAUAUAUAUAAUGCAUAAGCGCACGCGUUUAAUUUAUGUUUGGUUACUUCGUUGCUGCUGUUGCUGUGUCGUUAAGUUGAUGGUGUUGUCUGUUAUAUUUGUUGUUGGAGCGUACGUACGCACCCUUUAAUUAUGAACAGCUGCUACCUUAUAAUAUUUUUUCAUCGCAAUUGUUCUUAGCUGUA